CCCUGCCAGGCCAUUCACACCCACAAUGUCCUUUGUUCGCGCCACGUCAAAGGUCAGCCGAGCGGGCGUGCGAGCCCCGGUAUACCGAGCCACGCCCGUUGCCUGGAACGCCCAGCGCGCCUUCUCCCAGUCGGCUGUCCGCUGCAACGACGCGCACUCGGAAGAGACGUUCGAGGAGUUCACCGCCAGAUACGAGGCCGAGUUCGACAAAGUGAACGACGUUUUCGAGCUUCAGCGAAACCUUAACAACUGCUUUGCCUACGAUCUUGUCCCCUCGCCUUCGGUCAUCACCGCUGCUCUCCGCGCUGCCAGGCGUGUCAACGACUUCCCCUCGGCUGUCCGUGUUUUUGAGGGCAUCAAGUUCAAGGUCGAGAACAAGGGCCAAUACGCAGAGUACCUCACCGAGCUCGAGCCCAUGCGCGAGGAGCUCGGCAUCCCACUCAAGGAGGCCAUGUACCCCGACGACAAAUAGACGGCAGAGCUUUUCGCACCUCAUUUCUCCACUCAGCACGAGAUUCCAUCAUGUCCACACGUCAAACUCCCACUUAGAUGGAAGCAAAGGGGAGACGGAGCAAUGCGUCACUAGGUGAUUCUUUGUUCAUGUGCAAACUGGGGUGUCGUUGCUGAUUUGGAGCGUGGGUUGGUGGAUGGAUUGAGGCGGUAUCUCGCUGUA